AUGGAGAAAACAUCUGAAAGUAAUGUGAAAAAAUUAGAGAAACGUUUAAUGCGACGAUUGAGUGCUUCAUCACUUGGUCAUUCAACAGGAUUUGACUAUAAACAUUGUACAAAACAUUUAUGGAAAAUAUUGAAAAAAUCUGUCAAGACACAUGAGUUAGAUUUAAGUUUUAUUCUUUGUUUUAUGUCAUUGUAUAAUUCUGUACAACGUGUAAUACUUGUUCAUGAUCUUGAUUUUGAAUAUAACUAUAAACUUAUUGAUAUGGUCCUUGAACAACCAGAAUCUCCCAUACGUUCAUGUACAUUAGCUAUGUUAAUUGAACCCAUUGAAUUAUAUGUACGUGAUUUUCAUGAUUUGCUUAUCUUAAAAUCAAAUGAUGAAAGUAAUUUUGACAUAUCAAGAAAGUUAGUGCAAAUCUUAUUAGCAUUAGAUAAUGAUGACACAUACAACUUCAAAGCUACAUACAAAAUUUUAUUUGAAAAUUCUAUUGAAACAGACGUCGAAGUUGUUCAAGGUGAAAAAACUAUUAUGUCAAAAUUACUUAUUCAAUUACUUGAAGGACAACGUAAUGAAGAACUUAUUCAUUCGAUAUCAACACCAAAAUUAAUUGCUAAAAAAUUAUCUGAAGCUAGUGAAAAAGAUACACCUAGUAUCGAUUAUGAUACAUUUAUAAAAAUUUUUACGCAUGAUGCUUUUUCACAGUUAUCAGCCAUAUUUGAUACAUAUGAGGAUAAAUACGGAAGUUCAAUACAAGUAGCAAUUGAACAUCAAUGUCAAGGUAAUAUUGAAGCCGAAUGUUUUCAAGACAUAGUUGAAUAUACACGAUCACCAUCUGGUUAUCAUGCUAAAAUACUUCAACAAGCGUUAGAUAAAAAACCAAUUGAUUAUAUAACAUUAAUAAGAACUAUUAUUGGUCAUGAAGACAAAGAUUUAUGUGAAAUUAAAUUAGAAUAUUCAAAAAUGUAUGAUGAAACCCUUUAUCAAACAAUAGAAGAUCGUAUUGAUAUUGCAGAAAGAAACGACUUAUUGGCUAUGAUGGUUGUAAUUAAGAAAUAUUUAACGUCAAAUGAUAGUGAAGAAGUUUGUUCUGAUGAUAGGGAUAAUAGUAGUCUAACUAGAAGAGCAUUACGUUCAAUAACAUCGAGGGUCAUGGAAAUCAAAAACAACUGUUCAUUUCAUGCUUUUGAGAAAUUUUUUCAAAUAUUUAAAAUAAGACAUUCAUAUUAA